AUGGCGUCAGCUCAGCCGCCGCAAAGCAUGACGAUGCGUAAACGUGCAGCCGAGAACGUUCGCAAGGCGGCGUCUUAGACAGACGUAGGGGACGUUGCGUCAGAAGAGAUGCCAAAGUCGGGCUCUUACGUUCUCUGUGCAUCCCCUGUGGUGCCUCAGCUCCGGACAAAUCAGCAUACCGCCAGGUUCUUUCGCUUCCACAAAGUAUGAACGUGACAGAAAAGAGGCUGUUGCAAGAAAGCGCUUCUUGAGCGUGUGUCCUCCGGAUCAACAUGACGUCGCCCCUAUGGCUGGCCCACAGUAACGCAUGCUCGCGUGGCCUCAUAAACGCUUACAGACACAGCAAUCCAAUCAAAAGAUGAGCAGCGCGGCCAGAGGCGUUCCUGGUGUCGAACAUGAGUGGUGCGCGGGCACGUCGACGGCGCACGGAUUGAGACCGACGCGAAGAAGAGAAGCACUAUAGUGGGCCAUCCACUCCAGCGCCUUCUAGUGGUUCAAGCUCUGCAGCGCUGUUCUCGGGGGACGCCACGCUUGCUGAGAGUCCAUGCCCUGCGCUUACGGUGAUCGAGGACCGGACGCUACAAAAACAUGAAUGAGCCAUUCCAUUGUAUGAAGGUGGAUUUCCAGCGAAGCUGUUGAAGGCAACCAAAGCCGCUGAGGGUGAACUUUCGGAACGGCCAAGAGCAAUGACGAAGAAUGUUCCCUCCAGUUUGUUGCGGUGGAGCAUCGUGUCCACACACCCGUCCUGCAAUAGAAAAGAGGAUCUGAAAAUCUGCUGUUUAAAUAGUGAAUUAGAUGCUGUUAUCAUAACUGGAUCAGUGUUUUACCAAAGAAUACGAAAUUUUGGAAAGGCGGGGCUCUGUUAAUAUGACAGCAUCGUCUGUUGACUCCAAUGUAAUGGAAGAUGCAUUGGGGAACAUCUCGUGUUCCAUAAUAAAGGCCGAUAGUGUCGGAAACGUGAGCGAUGCCACCGCCGCCGGCUCGGACGAUAUCCUUGGUCCUCGGUACCACAAGAGAGUUCGCAUCGUCAUCAUCGUCAUCAUGAUAGUUGCGUCUGUCGUCGGAAACACGGUGGUCUGCUGGAAGCUCGUCUUCAAGCGGCGCCACAGGCGCGUGUCCAAGGCAAGAGUGUUGUUCCUGAACCUCGCCAUCGCGGACCUUCUGGUGGCCUGCAUCACGAUGACGUCGCAAGUGGUGUGGGAGGUGAUGGGCCGCGUUUGGAUAGCCGGUGAUGCUUUCUGUCGCUUCUUCAAAUUUAUGCAGACGUUCGCGCUGGUCUCGUCCACUUACAUGCUAGUGACCAUCGCGGUGGACAGACAUAUCGCGAUCACGACGCCGCUGGCGCCCAGCCCGGACCCCUGGAAGUUGGCCGCCUUGACGUGGCUGGCUUCGUGCAUGCCCUCGUUGCCGAACGUGUACGUGUUCCAUAGUGUGGAAGUCGCGCCGGGAAAGUGCUUCUGUGCGUCGAUCUUCUACGACCGGGGCACACCUCUAUACCACCGCCAGAUCUACAUGGGUUUUGUGUUCUUCAUGGUGUUUGUGGCCCCGCUCGUGCUGCUCUUUGCAUUCUACACAGGAAUCCUAUGGACGAUAUGGAAGCACAGUUCCAGAAGCGCCAAAAUGGGACAGCAGACAAGCUCUUCACUGCCACGUGCCAAGGUAAAGACACUCAAGAUGACGGCCGUGGUGUUCGGCGCCUUCCUUGUGACCAACGUGCCAUACAUGGUGCAGGAGGUCAUCCUGGCUUUCGGCAAUCCGGGCAUCCUGGACGCCAACGUGGUUGCUCUCUUCGGGGUCAUCUCCGCUUCGAACAGUGCCAUCAACCCAUACAUCUUCCUAUACUUUGAAAAGAGGCAGCGCCGUCGUACGCGCAGUGCCCUAAGCGGAAUGCUGAAACGACUUCCCUGCUUGGGCAGCCGUCUAGCUAUCACAGACAGGGGCACUCAACAAAUGGUCGUGUUGACGGUGAACUAUUCGGGUAGGCACUCGCGCACGAUGACCACAGUUAAUUGUGACUCUUGCGCAUGCUCAGAGAGCGCCCACUGCUAAUAUCGUGACGUCACUGCGAGCCUUACAAUAGCAGCUACGGCUUAGCACGAUGAGCAAUGCUCAAUACAGUUUGAAGCAUCGCACAAGUCACCUCGUUUUUCUGAAACUGUGCUAUCUGCUCCGAGGAUUACGUGUUGAAAAUGACCGGACCCUACUGCUUGCUUGCAAGUGUCCAUUACGGACGGUAAUGUCAAUAUCCCCCUGAAGUACAUGCUACGAGUUCAAAGCCCCAACUGCACACCCGGAGAUAUUACCACGUGAUCAUAAGAACUAAAAUAUUCGACUAAUUCUGCUUGAUGUCUUCCUUAAAGCCUAGUAUUCGAUUGACACUUCUAUAAGUACCGGUAAAAUGUACUGUGCUGCAGGUUGUAUGAGACCUAAGCGCCUUUAGGUUUGAAGUUGCAUUCAUGUGGUUGAGGGGCAACGUAGCUAUCUUUGCUGUCCGAACUUCUUGGGCCAGAUAUCAACCCUCACUUUACGAAAUCGAUUUCAGAUUAUUACUGGCUUCUCACUAUACUAGAAUGGGACUUCACGAUAGUACGUCAUUCAGGAGCAGUAAGGAUAGCGGUGACGAUCAAGGGGUCGCUCUUGUCUCAGCAAAAAAAGGUGCUGUUGCCGUGGUUGCGCACCCUCCGACAGAGUAGGCUGCGUUUCUUGCGAAAAAGGAUAGGAAUUGUAUAAACCAAAUUUUUGUAGGUACCGGGCUAGGCAAUACUUUUUCGCUUUCCUUUGCUAUCGAGCCAUCUUUUUUUUAAAUCCGAGGGCACCUAUACUCCGUUUCAUUCAUCAGGUGCAAUGAUGUGGAGGCUAGCGACAUGUUUUAUAGUGGCCGCGUUCCCAUUUAGAAAUAGUUCGGUGUCUUUUGACCGAUUUUUGUGAAAAUGUUCUCUAUAUAAGGUCAGUUCUGAAUGAAAAUAAGAAUUUACCCUUCGAAUCAGACAGACCAUGCGCUCAUUCGGCUGCUAAUACAUUGUUUUGUAUCAAUUUGCUUUUCGUUGUUCUUUAUUUGCAUCCCAUCACGGCAGCCGCCUCACGUGCAUGCUCGCGCCAACAAACGCCGCUGGCGCCCAGCGAAGCAUAGACGGAACGAGCGGAGUGAUAAAAUUUGGAGACCGCACUACUUGCGUAGCUUCCACAGCUUUGUAACUGAUAUACGAAACGGAGUAUAAGCACUUAUGAGCUGUGAAUGUGAAAUCAUUAAUGAACGCCGCUGCGCACUCCUUCGAGUUAUGAACUCCUCGCGGGCAAGCGAACGGGUUGAGACAGAAAGCCGGUGCACUUCGACCUGUGACGGGAUGCUACAUUCCCCGACUGCCACAAAACGUAGUGGGGACGCUACCCAAUAAGCCGCGGUGAUUUUGACGUCACCGCUUUCGUCACGCCGCGCUUGUCCACGGAAAUUCCGGUCUAACUAGCAUGGUGUCAUCAAGCAGAGUGCACAGACCUGCUAUCGAGGAGGCGCUUGUUCAGCCCAGUGUGUAAGACACCCGGCUUGUGAGCGUGGAGUCGCAGGUUGGAAACUCGCUACCGCAAACAUUUUAUGCGAAGCUUACUAGCCGCACAACCACGCUCUUCCUUGCUGCGCCGCGCGCGGCCGCGUAGCUACCAUAUGACGUCAUAACAGCGGCAAAAGCGGAGGCUCAACUCGUGCGCUCGCUUGCGGUCGCGUAGCUACAUAGCCGGGUCUCAGCUCGUGCGCUCGCCUGCAUGAGUUGUUUCUUCGUCUAGCCGAACCAAAUAUAGCCAAGCAACAGCAGUUCACCACAGCCAUUUUUUCCCUUCCAUGCUAUUCUGCUUUUACUGCGAUAUCAAUUAUAUGGACACUCCAGGCGCAUUUCUGCCGUCGCCUUCGGCGUCACUGUCACUGUCGGUGUCGCCGUAAGGUUACGUAUGAGGUCGGGUAAGCUUGUGAGGACGAGCAGGCGAACGCGGUUCAGUCUCGCGUGCGCGAUCGAGGAACGGGGCCCGGAUGCGUGCCCUCUCCUGUGGCGCGCGAGGCUGGGAGGUAUAGCGAGGGAGGAGGGGGAGUCUUCUCCGGCGGCUGCUACGGUGCAUCGAUAUCAAACUCACCCGCCGCUCCGUACAGAGUGGAGAGAAUCGCGGUGUCUCCUACGGUGUUGGCCACGCGAAUCGCGGGCGCCAUAGUAGACGCAUUUGGCGGACGCCGUAGGGACGCGUUGCCGGCGCCCGUGUGUCUUUAAAGUGGUCUGCGACGUGGCUAAAGUGCGUGUCCGCGCGGGCCUCAUCUUCAAAGCGAUCUGCGAUGUCUUCAGAGUACGUGUAGUGCCGGUAGCUUCGCAUGCGCCGUGCUUUCGACAUUUCGUAUGCGUUGAAGCGACAGAUCCACGGAGGUGAAUAGGUUGGCGGCUGCCUGCCGCGAUUCCUAACUACAGCGUUUUGACAAACAGUUUCCGCUGUCGUCGCGCGAUGUGUGUUCAUAUUAAUCUGUGCGCACGUGACAUCAUGCUGGUUAAUUUAGCUAAAACACGUUGACAGGCUAGUUCGUUUGAAUCCAUGAUAGAAUGUGUAAGCGCGACGGAACGAGGACUUAGAAGGAAGCAGACACGCAGACAGCAGUGUCUCUGUGUGUCUGUUUCUUCCUACGUCCUCAAUGAGUCACGCUUACAUAGUCUAGUUAGUUAAUUUAGUUAGUAAGCGAAUGUUUACGAGUUUAUACGGCCGAUAAAACUACUAUCCUUACUUUGUACAGCCAUCUACUAAUUUGCUGUCGCAAACGGUGCUUCGUCUUUCCGGCGGAACUGCGAUUUUUUUCAUACAAUAAUUUCUGUAUAGCGAUAAGCAAGGCGAAGUUACAAUGCAGGCAUAGACCUCGCGUGGACAAAGGAAUGCGUGGAUAACACAGACACCCGAGAGCGAGGCUGACGUGGCGUAGUGUCGCGGCGAUGCCCUCUCUCUUCAAGCAACACCUGGCUCGCCAAUGCAACUGGAGGCGUACCCUUUCACCCGGUCUGCUCCGUUGAUGUGCGGACGCGACGUGGCAUCGCAGCCAAUGGGAAUUUAGGUGCCGGUUCGCUUCUACAGACGCCAGCUUUUUCGCCCAAUGGGCCAUUCGAUGCUUUCGCAUCAAACAAGAGGCAUUUUGUGUAAAGCACUUUACAAGUUCAGCUAUUGGGUUCGUUUUCGAUGCACUGUGCCACAGCUUCGUCAUUUGGAGAAAGCACGGCAGGUCAUCUGUAUUGUCCCGAUCUUGUUAAAGUGCCUACAUGUUCUCAGCCACGUACUACAUACAUACACACAUACAUACACACACAUACAUACAUACAUACAUACAUACAUACAUACAUACAUACAUACAUACAUACAUACAUACAUACACACAUACAUACAUACAUACAUACACACAUACAUACAUACAUACAUACAUACAUACAUACAUACAUACAUACAUACAUACAUACAUACAUACAUACAUACAUACAUACAUACAUACAGAAAUUAAAAAGAAAUUGGAGUGCGCCAAUAGAUAUCUCUGACACGCGGUGCACCGUGCCAAAGGUGUUUAUUAGGAGCAUGAGGAUGUUCUAUCGAAGUGACUCACAAAUAAGAAAGGUUCAUCAAGCUAGUCGCUGUAAUUGUAUGCUAAUAUGAUGUACAAAACGCGUUAGAUGUUGUUUCAAUAUCAGCAGGCGUCCUACGUAAUUGGAAGAACGCUUACAGUCGUAUUACUUAUCAAACAGGGUGCUUUUUUUCACCUUGUAAACCUAGGCGUUACAUGAAUAACGGCUUAGAACUAUUAAUUAUCCGUCCUUUAACUCAUUGAUCACUUUGGUGCUGAAGUUUGCCGUCUCGAAAGGCAACACCAAAACUACGCUACAUUUCAAACUAUCGUGUGCUUUACCGAACAAAUAGCCGCUUACACGCGCUAACAGUGGUUCUUUCCCUACAUGAGUGCAUAGCAAGCAUAGCGUUGCAGUCUGAUCACUUGAAGCUGUAUACAUAAUUUAACUAUGUGUAUGCCUAUCAGCGCCUCCGAACUUCGAGGAGAAAAUAAAGAAACAGACUUGAGGUGUGUUUCCCUAAGAGUGCUUAAUUACUGACUCGCACAAAAAUAUAAGUGUCGAAUUUGUACGAACUUGAGUGUCACAAAAAUAAAUAUGAUGUUCGUCCAA